AUGUGCCUGUGGGGCAGCCCAGCCCCCAUGGCUGAUCCCAGGGCACCACAGGCUGGGGUGGCAGCGCUGGCAUGGCUGGGGUGCCUGCUGCACCCCACCACCUCAUGUCCCACCGCUCUCCUUUCCCCACAGGGUGCCAGGCCCACGGGCAGCCGGCGACACAGGAUGGUGCUGGCGCUGGUGCUGUGGGCCUGCCUGGUGCUGGCCACGGCCGGCGGGGAGAGCCCAGCACCGGAGCCCCUGGCAGGUGGCCAGCCCUUUGCCGUGGUGUGGAACAUCCCCACCGGCCGCUGCCAGCGCCGCUUUGGUGUGGGGCUGCCCCUCGGUGACUAUGGCAUCAUGGAGAACCAGGACAGCCACUUCGCCGGCCAGAACAUCACCAUCUUCUACAAGAACAAGUUUGGGCUGUACCCCUACCUGUCACGGCAGGGCGUCCCCCGCAAUGGGGGCAUCCCCCAGCGCAUCCCCCUUGAUGCCCACCUUGCCAGGGUGGCCAGGGACAUUGACCACCUCCUGCGCCCCACUUUCCAUGGCCUGGCCGUGGUGGACUGGGAGGAGUGGAGGCCCCUCUGGGCCCAAAACUGGGGGGCCAAGAGGAUUUACCGGGUGGCCUCGGAGCAGUGGGUGCGGGACCGGCACGGCCUCCUGCCGGUGCAGCGGCGGCUAAAGCUGGCCCGGCAGGAGUUUGAGCAGGCGGCGCAGGCUCUGAUGGAGGAGACGCUUCUGCUGGGCCGGACCCUGCGCCCGGGGGGACUUUGGGGUUUCUACCGCUUCCCUGACUGCUUCAACACCAACUGGGCCAAGGAGGCCAACUACACCGGGCAGUGCCGGCUGGUGGAGGUGCGGCGGAACAACCAGCUGGGCUGGCUCUGGGCUGCCUCCUCCGCCCUCUACCCCAGCAUCUACCUGCCGCUGGCGCUGCCACCUGCCCUGCGCCGCCGGUACGUGCACCACCGCCUGCGCGAGGCCCUGCGGGUGGCCAACUUUGGGGCCAACGGCCUCCUGCCCGUGGUUGCCUACUCCCGCCUCUCCUUCCGCCGCUCACCCCAAUUUCUGGAGCUGGCUGACCUGGUGCACACCAUCGGGGAGAGUGCAGCGCUGGGUGCAGCUGGACUUGUGCUCUGGGGAGACAUGUCAUACUCCCGCUCGGCUGAGAGCUGUGUCAGCCUGCGCCACUACCUUGUGUCCACCCUGGGUCCCUACGUGGCCAACGUGACGGCAGCAGCCUGGGAGUGCAGCUACGGGCAGUGCCAUGGGCACGGGCGCUGCGUGCGCCGGCAGCCCCACGACCUGGGCAGCCUCCUGCACCUUGGCCCCGGCACCAGCCCGACGGCUGCUUUCCGCUGCCACUGCUACCGCGGCUGGGCCGGCGAGGGCUGUGCCCAGCGAGUCAAGCCCGGCCCUGCCACCUCCUGCCUAUCGCCCACCCAUGAUCACAGCUUCUACGGGCACAACAACCUCCCGCCCGCUGACACCUGCCUACCACGGGGCACGUGGGGCUGGUGACCAGGGUCGGGGACCGCAAUGGUCCCCAACCCCAGCAGCGCUGCUGCCUGGGGCUGCCUAUGGUCUCGCUAACUUAAAUAAAUCCUUCUGGGACAGCUGUCCUUGCAGGUAAAUCUGGGGGGGCUCCAUGGUACCCGCAGGCUGGGCACAAUUGCCAUUGCUGCCAGGAGGCAGCAGAGACCCCAGUUUGGCUCCAGCUGGGCCCACCUGUGCCUCAGUUUCCCCAUGCAGGCUCUGCCCUGCGGUCACCCCUAUCCCAUGGUGACCUGGCAGCCCCUUUACGCUGGGAAGGGGACACGGGGCACUGCCAUAGGCUGCUCUCCCUUCGCCACACUGGCACCGUGCUGCCGGCAGCCCUGACCACGCCGCUGGUCCCCCUCCUCCCCACGGCUAUUUUUACUCCCCCUCAACC